CAAUCGGGACACUCCAAAAGUGCUGACGAGGACUGCAUCGAACCAUGCACCAGAAGCGUUGAAGGGCUGGAUUUCUUUCUCAUUUCUCUUGCACUGCUGCUGUUCUUCUUGUUGAGUGGUCAGGGAUCUCCUCCGUGACAACAGCGUUUUGUUCCUUGUUUGCUGGUUCCGUGAUCCCUCCACAAAUAAAUUUUAGACCGAGCUUUGCCGGAUAUAAUAAGGUGUUUCUUUCCAAGUUGCCGUUGUCGUUUGUCCAAGACCAUGAGCAAGUUUCUCCACAAGUUCGGUGGGAUGAUGAAUUCCCAAGAAGUUGGGCGAAGCAGACAAACCGAAAUGCACGAGAAGAAAACCGCCAUGGAGGUCGAGGAUGAAGAAGCGGUUCCGAUUGAGGCGGAGAACUACAGCAGCGGCGUAGAGACGAGCGAAGAUGAUGAAGAGGCAUACGAAGAAGAAGAAGUUUGCGAGGUUGACGAUACUUUGAGCUGUACACAAGUAAACGACGGAUUCAUGAGCAAUAACAUUUCCGCUUCUGAGGAAGAAAUGGGCAUGGGUUUUGCCAAGUUGGGCACUGGCUACGACAGCACCAUGGUGGUGUCGUUGACCCUUUCUUCCGUACUGAUCUUGACCCUUUUGGGGUGGAAUGUUGGCUUUCGACGCAAGCAGCGAAGACGAAACAGAAGGUGGAAGAACGACAGUCAAAUGAUCCUGACAAAAGUCGAAGACGUCGUGGCGCAGCUUGAAGAUCGAGACGAACAAGUGGAUGUUUUGAAACAACAGAUCAAGCUGCAGGAGGCAGCGGCUGCCAAGGAAAAAGAAGACCUUCAAAAGGAAUUUUCCAAUGUCCUGAAGACCAAGGAUGAGGAAUAUCAAGCGCUACGCACAACGUUGGAGGAGCUCUCAAAUCAACAAAAGGACACGGAUGCGCGCUUGGAAAGAGUCACAGCCGAAUUGAACCGCUCCAUGGAAGCUCAGCAGGAUUACGAGUGCCAACUGCUGGAGCAAAAACUCCAUGCGUCACAACUAAACACCACUCUGGCAGAGCGGGAUGCAACGAUUGAAGGACUCCAGCAAACCAGUACUGCUCAGCUCGCACGCAUCCAAGAGCUCCAUCAGAAAAUCAAAGCGGACGCAGUCAAGGCGGAAGAAAUCAUCGGGGACUUGACUUCGGAGCGAGAUGAAAGGUUCGCCAUUCUUCAGCAAGAAAAUGAUGCCAUCAAAUCGACUGUCAUGGGAAUGCUCAAAUCAACGCAGGAAAAGUACGAUGCCGACAAAAUGACGCUCAAGAGAGAGAUGGGCAAACGCGAUGCCAAGAUUGUCAGUUUGCAAGAGGAACUAUGGAAGUCCAACGCCUUGCUGAAGCGACUCAAGACCAAUGGCUCCGUCGAUCAAUCUGCAUUGUCUCAGUCCAUGCGAAACUUGAUUUCGGAAAUCAAAGAAACCAAGGACGCAGCUGCCGAGGCAACCGGCAAGGGUCCAAAGGAACGUCGAUCCAGUACCUAUGACGCGGCCGAAGCCAUCCUCGAAGAAAAUGGGGAGUGCGACGAGUUCAAAGCGCUGGAAACUCUGCUCUCCCGGCGUCGCCCAAACAAAUAAAUGAGAGCAUCAACAAAGGAGCAACGUAAUCUGGCUUUGGAUGCGAUAUGAAAAACCCUUGCGUUCACUAAGUCUUUGGUUGUGGAUAUCAGCUUCCGCGACAACUUGUACAGUAGCAUGUCAUUGAUAUAAGGAUGCACGCAAAAUGAUACGAACCA